AUGGUGGAAGCCGGAAACCGGACAGCUGGUUCCCAGUUCUUUCUGCUGGGGCUCACGGAUGACCCGGCCCUGCAGCCGCUCCUCUUCGGCCUGUUCCUAUGCAUCUACCUGGUCACCGUGCUGGGGAACCUGCUCAUCAUCCUGGCCGUGUGCUCCGAUGCCCACCUCCACACCCCCAUGUACUUCUUCCUCGGGGGCCUGUCCUUCGUGGACAUCUGUUUCAGCACCACCACCGUCCCCAAGAUGUUGACGAACCUCCGGGCCGGGGACCGCGGCAUCACCUACGCCGGCUGCCUCACCCAGGCCUGUGUGGUUCUGGUGUUUGCGGGCUUGGAGAACUGUCUGCUGGCCGUGAUGGCCUAUGACCGCUACGUGGCCAUCUGCCAGCCGCUGAGGUACACGGUGGUGAUGAGCCCACGCCUGUGCGUCCUGCUGGUCCUGCUCUCGCUGUGCGCCAGCCUCCUCAAUGCCCUCCUGCUCAGCCUCCCAGCGCUGCGUCUGGCCUUCUGCACGCACCUGGAGAUCCCGCUUUUCUUUUGCGAGUUGGCUCAGGUCAUCCGGCUAGCCUGCUCUGACACCUUCCUCAACCACCUCCUGGUCUAUGUGGCUGCUUGUGGGUUCGGUGGCGUGCCUUUUGCCGGUAUCCUGUUCUCCUAUGUUCGCAUCGUCUCCUCUGUGCUCAAAAUGCCAUCAGCCAAGGGGAGGCACAAAGCCUUUUCCACCUGCGGGGCCCACCUGUCUGUGGUCUCCUUGUUCUACGGAACGGGGCUGGGCGCGUAUGUUGGUUCUGCCUUGAGCAGCUCAUCCAGGCAGAGUGCAGCCGCCUCGGCGAUGUAUUCCGUGGUCCCCCAGAUAAUGAACCCCUUUAUCUACAGUUUGAGGAACGCGGAUAUGAAGGCGGCCUUGUCUGCAGUGAUGCGGCGUUCUCUUCAGACAUGGGUCGCACAGAAUCAGUCACGGAGCCAGAAAGCCUGA